AUGUCAACACCAGCGACUUAUAAAUAUGAUUCUACACCAUAUACUCAAAUUGACUUGGUGACGACAACAUUAUCACCAAUUAUUGCUAAUAUUUGUCGAAAUCAAACAUUAUCACUAUCAGAUGAAAUUGAAAAUCGAAUCAAUGUUGUUGUACCAUAUCUAGUAGUUCUAGGAAUUAUUGGUAAUGGUUUUUCUAUUUUAACGUUUUCUCAACGUAAAUUACGAACAUUAUCAUGUGGUUGUUAUUUACUUUUACUUGCUAUAUCAGAUACAAUCGCUUUAUUAAUUAUAUCUCGACCUUAUUUUUUUAAACAAUUCAAUGUAGCACAUCAUUUAAAUUCAAGUAUACUUUGUGGCCUACAUUUAUUUUUAACAAAAAUAUUUGAUGAAUUAACUCCAUGGCUAUUAGUAUUUGUUGCUUGUAAUCGUCUUGUUCUAUCACGUUUUCCACGUAAUCAUCAUUGUUUUCAAACAUCACGUUCAGCAUUAUGGAGUACAUUAUUUUUAUUAAUUAUAAUUAUAAUUUUAAAUAUACAUUUAUUAUUUGGUAUUGGAGUUGGUUAUUCACCAUCUCAACCAUGUAAAUCUGCUUGUGGUCCAUUAACAAAAUCACCAACAUAUUUAUUUUUUUACAAAAAUGUUAGUCCAAUAAUUGAUUUUUUUCUCAGUUUAAUUAUUCCAUUUUGUAUUGUAUUUAUUGCAAAUAUAUUUAUUCUUGCAAAUGUACGACGUGUUAAAAGACGUGUUUUACGUAUUCGUCGUCGUAAACGAGCUAGUCGAAAUGCUCGUUUAAGUAUUGUUUUACUUGCCGAUCUAAUUACUUUUCUUAUCGUAAGUUUACCUGUUUUACUUGUUGAAUGUAUAUAUCGUUUUACACGUCAAAUUGAUUCUAAUCAACAAUUUGAUAAAUAUUUAUGGAUUGCAUGGUUAGUAGCAAGUAAAAUAUUUUAUUUAAAUUAUUCGUUAUCAUUUUAUUUUUACGUAUUAACAUCAUCUUAUUUUCGUCAUCAUUUUCUACUUGCAAUACGUUGUAAAAAAUUACAUGGAUUUUUUUAUCAAAAAAAUAAAGGAAAUAAAGCUCAACAAAGUUUUCAAACAACAGAUUAUAUAUCAAAACAUCGAACAAGUCAUUUAUCUGGAUCAUCAAAAAUUCUAACUAAAACAUAUGAUUUCAAUUUUUUAAUACAACCACAUCAAUCAGAAAUGACAACUUUUGUGUCAACAGCUAUAAAUGAUACAAUAACAUCACAUGAAAAUAAUCAUCAAAUAUCUGAAGGCUUAUCUCAUGUUUAG